CUCCUCCCCGCCUCGGUGACAUCAGCCGGGCUGGCCGCGGGCCUGGCGGGGCUCAGGCGGGGCUCGGGCGGCCACUCAGCCUCCAGCAGGCUUCGGCGGGCAGGCGGGAUUCUCACGACGACGGCUGCUCGGCUUCAGGGCGCCCGGCUGGCGGUGAGACACGGUAGCCGUGCGGCGGUUGGCGGAGCUCUGGUUGGUAGGCGGCGAAGAAGAUCAAAGUCGCUCAGACGGCUUGAAAAAAUGAGGGGAGGCUGUUGACGUGCCACCCUAGAAGCCACUCGAGCGAGGAGGAGAAGCAAGUCCCAGCAUGGCCGCCCAUCGGAUCAGAGCCUCGGCCAAUAACAACGCUUCGCUCCCUCGCUGCAAGUCCGAGGGGACGCUCAUUGACCUCAGCGAGGGGGUGUCCGAGUCCAGUCUGAUUGAUGUCAAAGUGCCUUCUCCCAGUGCCUUACGUCUGGAUGCCACCGCCUCCUUCGGCACCGCUAGGGAGGUGGUUGCUAUCAAGGACUACUGUCCGUCCAGCUUCACCACCCUGAAGUUCUCCAAAGGGGACCGCCUCUACGUUCUGGACACGUCGGGAGGCGAGUGGUGGUACGCCCACAACAACACGGAGAUGGGCUACAUCCCAGCCGCGUACGUGGAGCCCAUCAACUUCAGAGACUCGUCCUUCAGCGACAGCGGGAUGAUCGACGGCAAAGAGGAGGCGGCCACAGAAAUGGACCUUCUAGGAGAGUGGGCCGGCGUGAUUCUGAAGCCGACCACCUUCCAUAAUGGAAAUCCUUUCAACACAACACACACCUCGACCAACCCUUUCCUUCACACGGGUCCUCGGGGCUCCUUGGACCAGAACAGCAAUCAGAAAGCAGUUGACCUUCUUCUGUUCGACACUCCAUCAGCGCCAGAGUCCGCAAGCUGCAUCAAUGGAUUUGGCAACAGUGUUUUUAACCCUCUAAGUCCCACAGUUGGGACGGGGCAAUCCCUGCGAAGAGACAACCCCUUCUUUAGAAGCAAGCGGUCCUACAGUCUGUCGGACAUGUCCAUUCUGCAGGCGCAGUCAGAAAGCCCUCAAAUGUCCAGCAGUUUUUUCAGCAACCUGAAAGCGCCGGCCCCAGAGCAGUUCCAGAGUAGGGAGGACUUCCGGGCUGCUUGGCUUACUCACCGCAAACUAGCCAGGUCCUGCCACGACUUGGACUCACUGGGUCAAAACCCGGGCUGGGGUCAAACCCAACCGGUAGAGACCAAUAUUGUCUGCCGGUUGGACAGUUCAGGAGGUGCCGUUCAGCUUCCGGACACCAACAUCAGUGUCCACAUCCCUGAGGGCCACGUAGCAGAGGGCGACACCCAGCAGAUCUCCAUCAAAGCGCUGCUUGACCCGCCGUUGGAGCUGAACAAUGACCGCUGCAGCACCUCCAGCCCUGUGGUGGAGCUCAAGCUCAGCAACAUGGAGACCAAAACUGCCAUCACCGUGGAGAUGAAAGUAUCUGUUGCGGUCAAAGCUGAGAACAAGGAGACCACAGAUAUCCUGUGUGUCAGGAGUGACUGUAAAGAGGGGCCCUACAGGUGCAUUCCACACACUUAUCUGUACGGGGAUACAGUCCAAGUGUCCCUGGACAACCUGGAGCCGUGCAUGUAUGUGUGUGUGGUGGCACAAUCUCAGACCACCUCUCCAGACUCCACAGUGUGGGAUCACGUUGUCAAAAAAAUGACUCUAGGCGUGUACGGCCCCAAACACAUCCACCCAUCUUUCAAAAUAGUCGUCGCCAUGUUCGGUCACGAUUGUGCUCCAAAGUCUCUGUUAGUGAGUGAGGUGGGAAAGCAGGCCAAGGCAGCACCACCUGUGGCGCUCCAGCUGUGGGGGAAGCACCAGUUUGUCCUGUCCAGAACGCAGGACCUGCGCGUGGGGGUGUAUUCCAACAUGGCCAACUACCAAGUGAAAGCCAGCGAGCAGGCCAGGGUGGUGCGUGGCUUCCAGAUCAAACUGGGCAAAGUAAGCCGGCUGGUCUUUCUUAUCACUUCACACAACGCGGCAGAUGUUUCUGACUUCACCUUGAGGAUCCAGGUCAAAGACCACCUGGAUGUCAUCCUGGCACAGUUUUGUGUGCAGACCCCGCCGCCACCGCCCAAAACGGGGCCAAAGACGUCCAUGCAGCGUCGCUUCCUCAAAAAGAAGGAGGUGGGCAAGAUCGUCUUGUCCCCGCUAGCCGUGGCCACCAAGUACCCGGUGUUCCAGGACAGGAGAAUAAACAACCUGAAGUUUGGAAAGCUGAUCAAGACGGUCAUCAGACAGACUAAGAACAGCUACCUGCUGGAGUACAAGAAGGGAGACUUUGUCGCUCUGCUAAGUGAGGAGAAGAUCAAGCUGAAGGGCCAAUUGUGGACCAAAGAAUGGUACAUUGGAUACUACCAGGGCCGGGUGGGACUGAUCCACACAAAGAACGUGCUGGUGGUCGGCAAAGUCAAGCCCAUUUACUUCACCGGGCCGGAGCUGACCACGUCCUUGUUGCUGGAGCAGGUACUGAGGCCCUGCAAGUUCUUAACCUACAUCUACGCCUCCGUCAGGACCAUCCUUAUGGAGAACAUCGGCAACUGGCGAGCGUUCGCCGACGCCCUCGGGUAUGAGAACCUGCCCCUGACGCACUUCUGCCGAGCGGAGCUGGAUAGCGAACCUGAGCGGGUGGCGUGUGUACUGGAGACGCUGAAGGAAGACUGCAACAACGCAGACAGCAAGGAACGCAAGUCCUUCCAGAAGGAACUGUUGACGGCGCUCUUGAAGCUGGACUGUCAGGGUCUGGUGGCCCGUCUUGUUAUGGACUUCGUCCUGCUGACCACAGCGGUGGAGGUGGCAGGCCGUUGGCGGGAGCUGGCAGAGAGGCUGGCCAAAGUCUCCCGCCAGCAGAUGGACGCUUACGAGGCGCCGCACCGCGACAGGAACGGCGUAGUGGACAGCGAGGCCAUGUGGAAACCGGCGUACGACUUCCUGGUCACGUGGGCGGCGCAGAUCGGUGACAGUUACCGCGAUGUGAUCCAGGACCUUCACCUGGGCCUGGACAAGAUGAAGAGUCCCAUCACCAAACGCUGGAAGCACCUGACCGGGACGCUCAUCCUGGUCAACUGCCUGGACGCCCUGCGGAGCUCCGCUUUCAGCCCCACCGCCCAGGACGACUUUGCCAUCUGAGCUAGCCCGACUCCGCCCCCUAAAAACACCACCAGCCUGUGCCUCCUGGUGCCCCGUACACCGCCGGUAGUAUUCGCCUUUUCUAGUCGGCCCGCAGCAUGGUGUAUUUUCUAUGUCCUGGCGGCACACUUUCUUGGUUCCAAACUGUGGGCAGAGACACGUGAGUUCAACUGAGUCUUCUAUUUAUUGACUUCCUGUGCUAAUUUAUUCUUUCUGUGAGCUAUCAGGGGGACCCUAAAGUCUGGACAUAUAAUACAUACAUUCAUCCAAUUUACCUUUUUUAAAAUUAAUUAAUACAUAAUUCAUCACCAUUAUAAAUAACGUAUUAUAUAUAUUUACUUAAUUUUUUUAUGAUUUUACCAGCUUAGGUCUUUCCCGUUUAAGUUGUUGCACUUAUGAGUGCCUUUUUAAGUUGACAUUUCUAUGAAAAAUGGUCCCGUGUUAUUAUUAUUAUUAUUAUUAUUAUUAUGGUUGAUAUAAGCAACAAGUUGUUGCACUUAUGAGUGCCUUUUUAAGUUGACAUUUCUAUGAAAAAUGGUCCCGUGUUAUUAUUAUUAUUAGUAGUAGUAUCGUUAAUAUAAGCAACAUAACUACUGUCUAUUUACAACGCAUUAAAACUUCCUGUUCAAUGUAAUGUAAGCUUCAAAAUAAAAGCAUGGCAGUGUUAACUUGGAUUGUACCACAGCAACCAACAAAAUGCACACUUUUUGUUAAUGUAAUUAACCACCAGAAUAAGAAUUCAUUUUAUAAUAAAAUAUUUAACUAGAAAUAUUCCUACCGUAUUUUCCGGACUAUAGAGUAAAGUGAUUUAUAUUUAUGUAGCGCUUUUCUCUAGAGACUCAAAGCGGUUUACCUAGAAACACCCUUUAUCUACAUGGGCACCGGUAUAUAAGCCGCACCCACUCCUUUUAAAAAACAACAACACAAUUUUUCAAUAUAUUAGCCGCACCAGGAUAUAAACCGCAGGUAUGAGUUAUUUAUACAGAAAUAUUCUGUAAAUGUUUAUUUACAAAACUUAAUUGUUUCCAAACAGUGUCUGUAACACGGCAGUAAAACGGCUGAUCAAACAAACCAGAAGUCAUCGUCAUGGAACCACUAGUUACAGAAGCUAACUCUCCAAUCAGCUAAACAGACUAAAUAACUCCACGGUGACAUUUUAGUGAAUUUGUGAAACUGAAACAAUACAAAAAGAACUCCAUUCUAAAUGAAUAAGACUAACACAGUGUUAGCAUACCAGCUAAUGCUAAAAAAGCCAGCUCCAUUACAUUACAAUAGCUCAUACGUACGUAUGCAUGAAAAGACUCCUCCAGGCAUCUCACAUGGGACGGUUUAGUAAGUAAGAAUUGUUUUGGUUAUAUUGUAAAACUUACAGACGAAUGUAUAGUCCAUACAAGUAAAAACGCUAUGGACGGCUAGAAGACGGAAUGGCACUUGUAUUUCCGGUUGAAGGCACUGCAGCACCUGCAGUGAGCAAACUCGUCUAAAACACUGCGCCAUAGCACAAAGAAAAACACAAAUUGUUUUGCUUUUUAAAAAAAACAACUAUUUGCAUUAUGGUCGUCAGUGAAGAAAAUUCAUAAACUAGCUGCACCAUUUUAUAAUCCGCAUGUGUAGGAAAAAAUAAGCGGCUCAUAGUCCGGAAUGUACAGUAAAUAAAUGUAAACAUCGGUCCAUUUUGUAUACUUUGAACAGGUUAGUGUCCACACUUUAGGGACACCCCCCCGUCCAACCAGCAAAUGUUCCCAACCAGCCCGUCUUUUGGAUGCUUCUAGAACCAUUCAAAAGUUCAGGUCCACUCCUUGGCUCGUUUUAUAGGCAGAACCACUCAAAAAACGCUCUCGGGUUUUCAUCAUGAGGACUUUUUUUUUUUUGUCCGUCUUUUGAUCAGCACCUGCCAAAAAGGCGCCCGACGUCAUGUGACCCGGCAGCGUCCGUACACUGUGGUCCCGAGUAAUAAAGUGUCAAUAUUUGCACCGUCA